AUGCUUCCCUACCGACUUUCCUUCCACGGAGUCGGGAUUGGCAGCAAUUGCAGCCACAUAGAUUUUAAGGGUGGAGGAAGACAGCCUUCACUCCAACCCCUGCUGCAAAAAGGACAGCACGACUCUGAUCGGGCAUCAUCGGGUGUCUUCUCAGUGAGAAGUGCACCAUUCGACGAACAGGUUCCACUUCAAGCCGGGAACAAGACCUGCCUCUGCGACUUUCGUGAAGUCACGAGGCAACAGGGACAGCUCAAAGGGCAGGACCUUGUACUGAUGUGCUCGUCUCCCGAAUGGCCUGUGGCGUGGAAGUAUCGGAACAUGAAAGCACGCGUCCUUCAGGUUGAUCGUCAUCUGCCGGAUCAUCAUCUCCAGAAAGGUCUGGCUCACCCUCCGAUGCAGCGAUCAACAUCCGAUCGUCGGGGGGAGCGCCGAAGGAUACAAGUGGUACCCCACGGGAGGGUCCAGCCUGUUCCCUGGGCAGCUCCACUGGCUGCGAAGUGCCAGCCAUCUUGGGAUUUGUGCAGAGAAGUGCCAUACAUUCAAGAUGAGCAGAUGCCAAAGAAACGAGUGCAGUGUUUGAAAUGGUUCUCGUGUGCCAUUGUUGGCAUGCUUGUCUUCGUCCUUGCACUUCUCAGUAAAACAUCAUUUCUGCUAUUGAUAACAUUUGGGAACAAUCAAACUGAGAUUAUAUGUUCAGAACAAAAACCGACCGCCCUACUUGGGAUUGGCUUCGUUCUGGUUGGGCCAAGUGUUCUCCUUCUGCUAAAGAGCACAUGGAAGUUCAUUUUCAAGAGUGCAACCAUGCCCUCGAAAAAAACUCUUUUUUGGGUUCUGUGUGUUGAGUUCCUGGUAGCACUGGGAGCAGCAGUUCUAACAAUAGUAUCCAUGCCACAUUUUGACAUUGUCACCAAUGUGAUGAUCCUAAACAGCGUGAGCAUCCUGUCCGCAGUGUUCCAGGUGGUCGCUGAGUGCCUUGCCAAAGAGAGAAAGCGGCUUAUAAUGCUCCCCGUAUGCUCCAUUUUGUUAAUCGUCACAGGUUACAUGCUCUUUGCGAUCAGUUAUUUGGUAUUCGAAAGUUCCUUAGAGAUAAAUAUAUCAAUUGGCCUUGCCAUUGUUGGGACCAUCUGUGUUUCUGUGAACUGGUGGGAGAACUACAGCACGCUCUUUGCUGUAUCAUUUCUAGAGGACAUUUCCAGAGACAUCGCUCAGUCCCGUAACGUGGUCUGCAUCAUCUCCAGUUUGAUGAGAAUCCUGGUUACGUCAGCUGUGGUUGGAGCUUAUGUUCCUCUGUCAGGUCGAGAAUGGAAAUCGGUCAAACUCGUCUUCGAAACAGUUGUUGUUUCAUUGGUGGUGAUCCAGAUGACAUCCUCUGCCUUGUGCCGCUGGUUUGUGGUUGUGGCUUGUAAGAUGCACGCCCUGCGCCGCAGCUUCGUCCUGCCCAUGUACCUGGCCUCGAUCACAGUUUUGGCCGUGUUUUUGUUUCCAACUGCAGUCAGGCUCCCAAAGUCUAAUCAAACUUCUACCUUUUUUGAGACCUUUCAGCCAAAAUCCAGUGGCGAAUGGUUACAUUUGAUGUUGACUGAUGCUAUAAGAACUCUGAACACCAGAGACAUUAUGGUACACAAGAAGACAGGAGGACUGGCCUGUUUGGGCUGCUCUGCUCUGAGCUGGUGGCUGGGACUCAUGCUCAGUACAGUUUACAUCUGGUACCUGAAGAUCCAUCGAAUAGAAAGAACCCAAGAUCUGUUUGUGCGACGCAUGUAUGAAGGAGCAUUUCUGGAACAGUCCAUGUUGUUAAACACCCGUUUUGAAAUCAGAAAAAGAAUCAAGGAGAAGAAGUGUGCAAAAGAAACCAUCAGAGUGUUUCUGUGUGCAACGAUGUGGCACGAGACCUACGAUGAAAUGAUGAAGAUAAUCAUCUCUAUGUUCAGGCUUGAUAAAUACAGGCCCAAGACCAAGGAACAGCGCGAUGUUGCGUUUGAAUUCCAUAUUUAUUUUGAUGAUGCUUUCAAGGAUGUUGAUAAUGGAAGGCAUGCAAAUGAAUAUGCUGAAAUUCUUGUGGAUGUAAUUAAAGAAGUUUACACCAUUUUCAGUGAAGAGGAUCCAUGUAUUUUCAAGCAGAAGGCUGCACUACCACGCCAGAAGAUCAUAAACACCCCUUAUGGGGGUCGACUGGAAUACACUCUCCCUAAAGACAAUUUGAUGAUGGUUCACCUCAAAGACAAGACACUUAUCCGUCACAAAAAAAGAUGGUCGCAGAUAAUGUACUUGUAUUACAUUCUUGGCUGGAGACUUAACAGACAGUACUUCAAAAAUCUUAAGGCAGUUGAAGAACUGGAUUCCCUUAAGGAGAAAUUGAAGAAAGACAGGGAGAACACAUACAUCUUGGCCCUGGAUGGGGACACUGAUUUCCAGCCGUCAGCAGUCAUGCUGUUAAUCGACAGACUGAAACUCUACCCAGAGGUUGGAGCUGCCUGUGGCAGGAUUCAUCCCACGGGCACAGGGCCCAUGGUGUGGUAUCAGAAGUUUGAAUAUGCGGUAGGCCACUGGCUGCAAAAGACUGCAGAGCACGUGUUUGGCUGUGUACUGUGCAGCCCUGGAUGUUUCAGUCUUUUCAGAGGAGCUGCACUCAUGGACGACAACGUCAUGAAGAGAUACACAACCAAAGCCAGUGAAGCCAGCCACUACGUCCAGUAUGAUCAAGGUGAGGACCGCUGGUUGUGCACUCUGCUGCUGCAGCAGGGCUGGAGGGUGGAGUAUAACGCAGCAUCUGAUGCCUACACCAACGCUCCACAGGAUUUUAAGGAGUUCUACAACCAGCGCAGACGCUGGGGACCCUCUACCAUGGCCAACACCAUCGACCUCUUGGGCUCAGGAGGACUGACCUCUCAGAGGAACAGCUCUAUCUCAAAACUUUACAUCUUGUACCAGAUUAUCAGCAUGGCAGCUUCCAUCCUGGGCCCUGCCACUAUCUGUCUCAUGAUAUCAGGAAGCUUUGUGUUCAUCUUGAAUAUGGAUGAAAAUAUAGCCCUAACUCUGGCCAUAGUGCCCCCUACUGUCUACCUCAUACUGUGCUUCAAACUGAAAUCUGACACACAGAUUAAAAUUGCAGCAAUCAUGAGUGUACUCUAUGCAUUUCUCAUGGCAGGAACGAUUCUCUCAAUCAUAGGUGAUUUAGUGAAGCAAAAGACUUUUCUGACCCCCAGUGGUCUGUUCCUCAUCGGCAUGGUGGUUUUGUACAUCAUCACGGCAGCUUUACACCCUCAGGAGUUCUCAUUGGUCAUCUAUGGUUUGUUAUACUUCCUCUGCAUUCCCAGUGGGUAUCUACUCCUAGUUAUUUACUCCAUAGUCAACAUGAACAAUGUCACGUGGGGCACUCGUGAAACCGGGAGCCAGGCUAAAACUACGGCAGUCGAUACCAUCAAGAAGAAGGUCAUGAAUGCCACAUGCUGCAAAUGUCCAUGCGUGGAAUCUGAAGAUCUGAGUGAGAAGAUAUUACCAGCAGAAACCAUAACACAAACUGAAAAGCCACAUAUUCCCUUGGAAACACAAAGGGAUCAUGAGUUCCAGCUUAGUCCUCAUCAAACUUGGAUUGAACAUCUGCAGAUGAAAUCUUACGAAUUUCCUUUGGAUGAAUCUGCACUGUUUUUGGAUGAAAUCGACUUCUGGAGAGAACUGCAGAAGAAAUAUCUGGAACCUCUUAAAGAGAAUAAAGAACAACAGGAAAAAGUUGCUGAUGAUCUGAGAGAACUUCGAAAUAAGGUUACAUUUGCCUUUUUCUUCUGCAAUGCACUUUGGCUGGUGGCAACUUUCUUCCUUCAGGCGAUUGGUGACUUAGUCUCUAUAAAGAUCCCAAAAAUCUAUCCCAAUGGGACUUAUGACCCAACAGAAGUGUUUUCCCUAGAUCCAAUCGCACUGAUGUUUCUACUGAGCUUCACAGUACUGCUGUUAAUGCAGUUUGUUGCAAUGCUUUACCAUAGAAUCUACACAUUAAUCCAUUUUGUGGCAUAUGCUGACACCGAAAUUAAAUCUUAUAGAAAGCAGUCACAUCAGUCACAUCAGAUCCUGGACUCAAACCACCAGCCUGAGACGUAUGGGCCAGACACAGCUUUAUGUUUCCAGAACCCAUCUGCUAGGUCUAUAACUUCAGUAUAAUGUUUUGCAUUUAAUAAUGAAUGUUUAUAGUCUAGUGGAUAAUAACAUAGUGCAAAUAGAAUGUUCUGAAUAUUUAUUUAGUGUUUAAACCUGAAUUUAGAGUAAA